AUGGUGGGUGAUGUCAAGUUAAGACCAUCCAUUUUGCUGGUCGGUAAUGGUACAUGCCAAUCACUUAUAAACAGAACAAAUGUCACAGAUGGUGAUGUUGCAAAUCUUAAAACUAAUAUACCUGUUAAGUCACUUGUUGAUGACGUCAGGAAUAGUAAACAGCUCUGUGACGUGUGUGAAGAGCAAUCAAGAGCCACACAAUUCUGUUGCGAAUGUGGUAAGAAUAUGUGUAACGCAUGUCUGCAAGAUCAUAACAACUGGAAACCACAUCUUAAACAUGAAGUAGUGAGCGUUGAAGACAUCAGAGAGGGUAGGGUAGUAUUAAAGAAAAAGGUUUACUGUCAAGAAGAAGUACACCAAUCAGAAGAGUACGAAUGCUCUGAUGUAUGCACGACAUGUAAGAAGCUUAUUUGUAUGAGAUGUCGCAUGCUCUACCACGAGAAAACAGGCCACGAUGUGCAAGACUUAAGAGAGUACAAUUCGUCUUUCACAGAGAGUUCUGAAUUACUUCAGGGUCAAGGAAAGACAAAAGCUACAACAGUCAAGAAUCAUAUGAAGUGUAUUGAUAAUCAAAUUAAACGUGUCGAUGAUCACAUUGAUGCGGAAAAUGCGAAGCUUGACAAGAUUUGUGAAGAAGCUAUCAAGAAAAUAAAAGAGAGGAAUGCUACCUUGAAAAAGCAACUAGAAGAUCAGAGAGAAAAAUUAUGCAAGAGUUUAAAUGAUAUGAACAUUGAUGAUAAGAGGUUGGUUAAGAGUAUUGAGAGUGCGAGUGAAUUGCUGAGUAAUACUUUGAAAGCCCCACUAGAAGGAGAUGUUGUAGCAAUACGCGAUUCAUUGUCUGGUGAAUUGAAGAAUGUAUUAGAUAGAGAUGAUCCAAAGGUAAAGGUUGCUAUUGAUGUAGGUGAUCAUGCAGAGGAACUGACGUUUACACCAAGCUGCGAUCCUGAUACAUUAUCAAUGGGGGAACUGAGGUUUGUGAAAUGUAAGCCGAAAUGCAAUGUACUACUCUCAGAGAAAGGACAUAUGAAUGGCAUAGCUGCUACAAAUAAUGGUAUGAUGGCUGCUGGUUAUAGUACAGGAGGGAUCGAUAUAUUAUCUGCUGAUGGUCAGCUGCAGAAGACGGUCAUCAAGGAUGCCAAAUUACUUGAUGUAGGACUCCUCUCUGAUGGACGUUAUGUUGUACUUGAUACAUGCAAUAAGAUAUCACUGUACACAUCAGAUGACGAGAAGCAGGAUGUGACAUUCGAUACUAUAGGCUACAGUAAAGGUGGGUUUGGUGGUCUCACUGUAGACAGCAAUGAUGUGAUCUAUGUUAGCUACAGGAAAGCUAAGAAGAUCCAUGUAUUCUCACCAUCAGGUGGCAAGGCUAUGAGGGUGAUACCAUGCGAUGGGUAUGAACCAAAGCAAAUCACAAGUUAUGGUGAUUCAUUGAUCGUUAAGCAGGAUGACAGUCAGAUAGCACGUAUUAAUAAAGAGGGUGUUAUAAUGUAUCCAAUAUUACGUAAACCUCUAGAAAUUCGUCUCUUUGCCGCUGUGAGUAAGGACAAUACAAUCCUGAUUGCCUCUGUAAGAUACGAGGAAGGUCUACUCAGUAUCGAUGAGUACACCGGCGAACUGAAACAAAUCAAGACUCUUAUAUAUGAUUACAAGAUUGAGAAACCUAACAGGCAUUGGUAUUACCUAAGACAGUUUCAAUCAAGGGAGAUAGCUUUCUGUACACCGGGUAGGCUCUAUGUAUUCAAGCUAGUUACUAGUGAAGUUACCUCGUAA